AUGUCGUCGAACCACCCCUACCGCUACUUGAACAUUCCGAAGGACGCGCCGAUUGAACUGAAGCCGUCCGCCGGGAAGGGUUGGGGUGUCUUCGCCAAGCAGAAGAUCCAGCGAGGCGCUCUGAUCUUGCAAGAGAAGCCACUCUUCGUCAUCCGCAAGGCACGCGCCGACAUCACAGAAGAGGAUGUAGGGCGAGCGUUCCAGCAGCUGUCGCCGCAGCAGAAACAGCAGUUCGCGCUCCUCCGCGACAACGCGACGCGGAUCUUCCCAUGUUUGCUGAUGGCCUUUGCCGAGAACUGUUUCAAUCUCGCCUCGGGGAGCGACGCUUGGGUCUCGCUCCCUCCCGCGGAAGGCCUAUUCCUCCUCCAUUCGCGAUUCAACCACUCGUGUUUGCCCAACGCCAAAGUUCCCACAGGCCACGUCGGAGACGAGAUCGCAAGCUUUGCGACCAGAGACAUCCUUGCCGGCGAGGAGAUCACGAUCUGUUACUCGCCGGUUUUCGAAUGCCUGACGAGGCACGAGAGGCACCAGGCGCUCGGCUUUACCUGCGACUGCCGAGCCUGUCUUCCGGGCACUCCCUUCCAGCGGCUCAGUGACGCGCGCCGACGACUCAGCCGGGGGCUGCAGUACCUGACACACGGAGUAGAUGUAGAUGUGCCGAGCGACGGAGGGCUGGGAACGAGUUCGCUUUCCCCGGCCAUCGUCGAUCCUCAGCUCCGGCGGGCAGCUCAGAAUUUCGACAUCCCGCUCACGUCUCGAUUUAUCUAUGAGCCCCUGAGCGCGUUUCUGUGGGCAGAGGAGGGACUGAUGGACGGUUUCAUGUUUCAGAGAGUCACCCCGGGCAUACGGGCAGUGGUGGGCAUGUUCAGAACGCGUGAGAACGCUGCGAUCGCUAGGUUUGCCCUGGUGCAAGACACCUGGCUCGAGAGACUGAAUGUGGCCUUUAGACUCUACUGGCGAGGGGAUGCAGCCGAUCAGAGCGUUGCGGAGGGAUUCCGGGUCAUGCAGCUGGCGGCUUCGCUUUCCUCUUGA